CAGCUAACGGCAGUAGCAGCAGUAGCAACAGCAACAACAGCAGCAACAACAACGGCAACAGCCAACCGUAGCACAGCAAUUACGGCGUGUAGUUGCUAUAAUGAUAGAUUUCAAAACAAAAUUGAGCAAAUUAUCGUAUAAAACGUGCCCCGGUUGGAAAAUCUAAAAAUAACACAACGCCAAUUCCGAGCCGAAGUCGAAGUCGAAGUGGAAGUGGAAGUGGAAGUGGAAGUCAAAGUCGAAGCCAAAAACCAAGUGCCGUCUGCCCAACUGACUUUAAAUUAUGCAUGCACAUUGAUUUUCUGACGCGUCGACGUCGACGUCGUUGUCGUCUUUACUUUCCUAUUCAUUGUCGUUAACAACAACAACAACAGCAACAUCAUCCACAUCAACAGCAACAACAGGAACAGACCCUGCCUAUAUAUUGGCAAUCUCGUAAAGUCAUUUCUCGUCCUGCGUUCAGCCCGCAUCGCAUGUUAUCAACGGAACUGACGUCGACGGCGUUGUGGAAUGCGAAUUAUCAGCGCACCAACGGCCUAACAAAAGAUGAGGCUUGCCUGUCGACGACAUAUGAACAUUGCAGCAAAACGGAAACAGCGACAACAACAGCAGCAGCAGCAGCAGCAACAGCAGCAACAGCAGCAGCAGCAACAUCAGCCGCAGCAAUGACCAAACAAUUGACAACAACAACGGCGACAAAUGCAGCGUCUAGCAUCACACAAGCGGCUAAUUUGGCGCCCACGGUGAUAUCGCCCACAACACCAGGCGCGACAACAACAACAACAGCAACAACAGACGCAGCAGCGCCAGCAGCAGCAGCAGCAGCAGAGACAAUAAAGACGCAGAGGCAGUGCAGAACAAAAGCCUCCUCAGCAGCAUCAACAGCAUCCGCAGCAUCCGCAGCAUCGGCAGCGACUGCAACAAAAACAACUUCUUCAACGGCAUCAAGUGAUGCCAGCGGGCGUUCGGCGGCUCUGGAACGUGCCUACGUCCAUGAUGUGUAUGAGCACUGCGAGGAGCCGGCGAGGCCGGCGCGACCGCGAGUGGCACAGUUUCUGGGGAACCUGGAGCCGGGCUCGGUGGUCUGCGACGUGGGCUGCGGCAGUGGGCGUUACCUGACCCAGUGCAAUCCCGCCAUAUGCACCAUUGGCGUCGAUCGCUGCUACCGCCUCAGCAAGGUGGCGCACGAGAAGGGAGGCGAGGUGGCGCUGUGUGACAAUCUGGAGCUGCCGUUUCGCGAUGAUAGCUUCGAUGCGGUGCUCUCGCUGGCCGUAGUGCAUCACUUCGCCACCACGGAACGGCGCGUCAGGGCGCUGAGGGAGCUGGCCCGCAUUCUGCGCGUAGGCGGCCGAGUGGUAAUCACUGUGUGGGCGCUGGAGCAGCGCCAUCGACGCUUCGAGUCGCAGGAUGUGCUGAUACCCUGGCAGCCGCCCAAGAAUCGCACCUACUCUUACUCGUACUCCGACGAGGAGGAGGACGGAGACUUUCUGCCGCCCUAUCAUGCGUACACGGAGGACUCGACCAAUUCCAGUCGCUCGGCCGGCGAUGGCGACAGCUCAAGCCUCAGCUCAUCCUCGCCCGGCGAGUCCUGCUACAGCUUCGUGCGCCGCGCCAUACAAAAAUUGGCUGGCGGACGUCGUCAUGCCUGGUUCCUGGACUCCUGGACCUCCAAGGACACCAAGAACGACAGCAGCCUGGACUACGAGGAUGCCAAGGAUCUGCCCAUCGAGCUGCGUCGCCUCGAAGACUUUGAGGACUUUCCCGAUCCGCCGCUCUCCGCAGGCCUCAAGUCACGCAGCUUGGGCAGCAUCCUGCAGCCGCCGCCGCGACAAAUAGUGCGCUCGCGCUCCAGCGUGCCCAGUCUGGGCGGUCCUUUGGUGCCCGUCGAGACGAAGGCCAGCGCCGCAGCCGCCCUCCUGCUCAGCGCGCCCGAUGCCCAGCUGCAGCUCAAUGGCCGGCACUCGCCGACGAGCACCGCCAGCGCGGGCAGCACACUGAGCCGUCGGCCCAAGCUGAUCAAGCAGAAGCAGUCGCUGUGCGAGGACGACAUCACGCAGCUGGCAGACGCGGCGCCUGAAGCCGAGGCUGCGUUUCACAUGGUCAGCAGCUACAAUGGCGCCAAUGGAACUGUCAGCAGCAGCCUCUACGCGCGCUCUGCCGCCAACCCAGCGCCAGUCAGCUGUCAACAGCCUGGCAGCUCCGCCUUGGCGACGGCAGCAGCAGCGCCCACCACAACUGCUGGAGCGGCGCCCAGCUUCCUGCGCAAGCAGAGCUCCCUGAACGAGGAGCUGAUGGCGGGCAAUCGACUGCGCGAGAAGGAGCGGGUGCGCAAGCGCAUACAGAAGCAGACCUCGCUGAACGAGGCCUUCCUCUGCCGCUCGGCGCUGUUCUCAAAGCGGCUGCAGGUCAUCCGGGAGGGAUUCACCACCAAGAUCAAGAGCUCGACGGGCAGCUUGGAGCGCGUGACCAAGACGGGCAUCACGAAGCUCAUGCAGAACAUCAAAAUCUCGCCCGCCAGCCAGACGGCGGCUAAUCCGCCAGGCAAUGCCCAGCAGGCGAACAACAACAACAAGCAGCCCACGACGCCAGCUGCGCAGACGCUGCAGCAGCAGCAUCAGCACCACCACCACCACCACCAUCAUCACACGAGCAACGCGGGCAGCCUAUUCCCAGCCCACCUGCUGCUGUCGUCGGCGACCACUGGCCCAGUCAGCUACUGCAGCGUCGUGGACUGCAGCGCGCCCAACAUCUGCCACUGCAGCGCCUAUCAGCAGGACUGCGUGGCCUGCGUGGCCUGCGCCGAGAGCGAGCAGGGCAACGCGCGCCGGCACUCGCGCGAGUCCGGCUCCGACUCGUCCAAGGACAGCAGCCUGCAGUCGGACACGAGCAUUGAGUCCGAGGACAGCUUCGCCUCGGUCAUUUUCAUACCCAAGCCGGAGCAGCACCAGCAGCAGCUCAACUACCAGCAGCAGCAUCAGAACUCCAACUCCAGCUCCAGCAACUCCAGCUCCAGCAAUGGCAAUGCCCAGGCGGCCUUGGCUGCGGCGUCCAACCCGAACGCAGCCGCCCAGCCCUGCUGUCUGGCGCGUCUGCCGCCCACACACUCCGUGCCAACAUCGCCGCUUGUGAUGCCCUGCCCGCCGACUCCUGCCCACUCGCCAGCCGCCAUUCAGGGCGCGGUCACCUCGCCGCCCCAGUCCACGGCGUUUGUGACGGCAGCGAUGGCCAUCUUGACGCCCGUGGCCAGGCCUAAUCAAGCGCGCUUCAAUUUUGACGAGGCGCACAUCAAGCAGCAGCAACAACAGCAGCAACCGCAGCAGCAACCGCAGCAACCACAGCAGCAGCAACAGCAGCAACAGCACCAGCAGCAGCAACAGCAGCAGCAGCAGCAACAGCAGCAGCAGCAGCAGCCGCAGCAACAACAACAACAACAGCAGCAGAAGCAGCAACAGCCACCGAUACCCAAGAUCACUCGACAAGCGAUACGUGAAAUGCCGCCCAUACCCAAGUUCCGCAAGCAGCAGUCGCUGCAGCUGCAGCGCCAGAACUUUCCGAUCGUGCGACGAGCGUCCGGCUCGGGCAUGGCCAGCAGCAGCAGCAGCAGCGCCAGCAAGCUGCUCUCGCUGGAGCUGUUCAAUCCGGCCACCGACGAUCUGGACAGCGACUCCAGUGAGCCCUCCUCGCCGGACUCCAUUGACAGUGUGAUCAGCGCGCCGCGCUCCGCCCAGCUGCUCUCGGCCCCGAGCACGGGCACCGGCAAGUCCAGCGACGAGUCGGAGCCGGCGGUGGUGCAGCUCAUCACGAUCAACCAGGAGGAGUACCACAAGGGCGAGCUGCAGAUCAACAGUGCCACGCCCAACGAAAACGACAUCAUACUCAAUGCGGACAGCGCUCCGCUGCUGCCCAAGAAGCGCGAGGCUGGCCAGGCUCAGGCCCAGCAGCCGCACGACUGCGCCGAGUUCGCGGAGCAGCUGUCGGCGCAGCUGCAGCGCGAGCUGGACGACAAGAGCAAUGGAGCGGAGUGUCGCAGCUUGGAUAGCAUUGGCGACAUUGGGGAGUACUUGAGCGGCGCCGGCAGUGCGGGCGGCGGGAGCUCGAGCAGCGGCUCCAAAAAGCGCUCCAAUGGCGAUCUGAGCGCGCUGCGGGACGAGCUGCGCGAGCGGCGUCUGAUGCUGGCCAAUCUGUCGACCCAGCCCAGCCUGCAGCAGUCGCCCAUAUCGUCGUCCACCUCCUCGCUUUCGUCGCAAACGCGCAGCUUCACCAUACACGAGGAGCAGGAGGGCGAGGAGGAGGAUGAGGAGAACGAACGCAGCUACACCCUGGGCAUCUACGAGCACUGCAAGAUCUCCAAGUUCAACUACAAGCGCCAUCGCCACUAUAAUCUCAACCCGGAGACGGCCUACCUGCUCCAGGACGAUGGCGACAGCGACGUGCGCGACGACGAAUAUCCCAUACCCGAGGAGGAUGAGGAUGCCGAGGCGCUGGAGGCACGCGGCGGCGACCAGCUGGGCGAGGGCAUGCACGAGUACGGGCAGCGCAGGCGCAACUUCAGUGCCAUCAAAUCGGUGACCUCCAGUGCGUCCAGCUCCACGGAAACGCCGCCCGCGCAGCAGUCCACGCAGCAGCAGGCACUGCAGCAGCGCACCUCCGCCGAUUCGCUGGAGCACUCGAAUAGCUCAAACACCUCGCUGGACAGCCCCUCGCAGGGCGGCUCCACCACCCAUCAUCGCUACUACCACGUGUUCCGCGAGGGCGAGCUGGACGCGCUGAUCAAUCACCAUGUGGCCAGUCUGCAUAUUGUCAGCUCCUACUACGAGCGGGCCAGCUGGUGCGUUGUGGCCGAGAAGGUGCAGGUGUGGACGAUCUAAGUUAGUAACCUAAGAGUAAAAUAAUAAUAAUAAUAAUAAUAAUUUAAAAAAAAAAAAAAAAAAACUAACUAAAAUAAUCUAUUUAUAAACAAAAAGUGUAAUUGGAAUACCCAAAAAGUCUCUGAAGCCCCCAAAGGAAUUGUUAAAUUUAGUCUUUAUUCAUAGUUGAGAGAACGCAAAAUUUAGCACUAAAUUUUAAGUAUUCGUAACGACUCUUGCUUAGGGUUGCCAGGCCUGCUCAACGGCAGGGCUGCCGCACUGCAUUGAAAUUGAAUUUCAAGUAAACCGUUUAGUUCUUAAGCCAAAAUCGAAA